AUGCCUCUCACAAAGGACUGCCUUCAUCCCUCUCCAGAAGAGAAGAGGAAACACAAGAAAAAUCACUUGGUGCGGAGCUCCAAUUUCUACUUUACAGAUGUGAAAUGCCCAGGCUGCUAUAAAAUCACCACAGUCUUUAGCCAUGCACAGACCAUCAUUAUACUGGCUGUCAUCCUGUGUGUUGGCUGCUCCACUGUCCUCUGCCAGCCUAGAGGUGGAACAGCAAGGCUGACGGACGGAUGCUCCCUCAGGAGGAAGCAGCACCGAAAGCCCCUGAUUGAAGAUGAGUGGGGACCUUCCCAAUUAAACGCAUUGUGGUUUAUAUAG